UUGCCCUCAGCUAUGCAUCUGUCCCUUUAAGACCAAAAUUUAAUGUGUGACUAUUUUCCCUUAUUUGUGAUGAGAAAAAAACGUACCUAGUUGAUGUUCUACCCCUCAAGCAGCUGUUUAAAACAACCUGCUAGUCUGGAACAAAGCACAGUGUACUUGAAUAAAUACAAGCCUAUCCAAAUCCCUCUGUUCUCUCCCCCCCCCCCCCCCCCCAAUUACCUUGAGUUAAGUCUUUGGAAAGGCUUCUAGGUUGAAAAGGAGAUCACUCUCUGAAGCAUAACUUCUUUGUCAGGUUUCCACACACCCCUCAUCCAAUCAGUAGACAGCAGUGCCCCACCCACCUUCAUUAUUUCAGAUAACUCAGGCGGUUCAAGGAGUGGAUUCAGCAGAGACAGAGGUGAAGGCUCCUGAAACAUUGUAUGCAGCACCAAUCUGGUUACAGAAUGCAACAAGAGGCUUUCACAGUCCAUGACUGGUUGAAGUGGCUGUGGCCUGAGACUGAAAUAGAUCCUUGUGUUCUUCUGGCCUUGACCUGUGGUUCAGCUGCAGCUUUCUUGGCAUACAAAUGUGUGAGCCAGAAGAGGAUAAAAAAACAAAUACAGGAUGCACAGAAAAAGAGACAUCUUGGCUUAGAAAAAAUGGAAAAAGCUACUCAGAAGUUUAAACAACAGAAUCCCAGUGAACAAGCUGCCAAUAUCCUUUCUCUGCCUCUGGUUGAGUUGGCUGAAAAGCUGAGAGAAGAGUCCCUGUCUCCAGAAAGCGUCCUUUAUGCCUACAUGGGGAAGGCUUUUACAGUAAACCAGGAGGUCAACUGUGUGCGCCAUUUUAUUCCAGAAUGUGAACAGCACCUUCAGAAACUGAAAAUGCAGACCAAAAAGGGCUUAUUGUAUGGGAUACCUGUGAGCAUCAAGGACCACAUUGGCUACAAGGACCACUUAUCAACAUGUGGCUUUGUUGCAUCACUUGAUGUUCUAGAAGAAGAGGACAGUGUGUUAGUCAAGGUACUGAAGAGACAGGGAGCAAAUCCAUUUGUAAUCACCAAUGUCCCCCAAUCCUUAAUGACCUAUGGCUGCAGCAACUCAAUUUUUGGCCAGACACUGAACCCUCUCAACCAUAGGAAAGGCCCUGGGGGCUCCUCUGGAGGAGAAGGGGCUCUGAUUGCAGGAGGAGGGUCCAUCCUGGGCUUUGGGACUGACACAGGUGGAAGUAUCCGCUUGCCUUCCAGUUUCUGUGGUCUUUGUGGACUGAAGCCAACAGGAGACAGGUUGAGCAAUAUUGGCAUAAGAGGCCCUGUUGAUGGAAUACUUUCAGUUACAACAUCAGUGGGACCACUGGCGAGGGAUGUGGACAGCCUCGUUCUGUGCAUGAAGGCUCUCUUGUGUGAUUACAUGUUCCAGUUGGACCCCUUGGUGCCACCUAUGCCAUUUAACGAAGAGGUAUACAUGAGCACUGCUCCACUCCGGAUUGGGUAUUAUGAUACUGAUGGUUAUUUCUUGCUUCCUCCCUGCAUGAGGCGGGCUGUGUAUGAAACUAGGGAGCUUCUCCAAGAAGCUGGUCAUACGCUGGUUCACUUCACUCCACCGUCCGUGCCCUAUGUCAUGAACGAACUUUUUAUCAAAGGCAUUUUUGCUGAUGGAGGCUCAACUCUACUGGCCUUGCUUGGAAAAGACAUAGUAGAUCCAAGCCUGAAACCUCAGGUGAAUUUCCUGAGAAUCCCAAAUUUGAUAAAGAAAAGUUUGGCCAAAAUAAUUAAACCAUGGUUUCCACGACUGGCCAACCAACUGAAUGCAUUGUGUGGAGUGAGGUCUGUGAAGUCCCUGUGGGAACAGCAUGAUAAAGUGAAGGCUUAUCGUAAGAAGUUUGUUGAUGAAUGGAGGAGGUGCAAGUUGGAUGUCAUCCUAUGUCCAGUUCUGGGUCCUGCCUUUACUCUUAGAUAUCCUGGAAAGCUGCUGGCUGCUGUCUCAUCUACCAUGUUAUACAAUGUCUUGAACUUUCCUGCUGGAGUUGUGCCAGUCACCACAGUGACAGAGGAUGAUGAAGAAGUAUUGCAGCAGUACCAAGGACAGUAUGGUGAUCCAUGGGACAAGAAACUGAAAAAGGCUGUGGAAGGUGCAGUGGGGCUUCCUGUAGCUGUGCAAUGUGUGGCCUUACCAUGGCAAGAGGAAUUAUGUCUUCGGCUCAUGAAAGAAGUAGAGACACUGUCCUGCAAGAGGAGAGAGAAAAAGGCCCUAUGACUUCGACAGAGGAGGCAAUUUGUCUAGAAUGGAUAUAAUUGCACAGUAAAAGUAUGAAGUGUCGUAUAGCCCAAACAACAAAUAACCAAAAAUAUAAAGCAUCCUUUUGACUCCAGUGUUCUUUGUGCCUUUCACCACUUCUGUUGAAGGAAGCAUUUAUCUGAAUUACCAGCUCACCAGGCACUGGGUAUAGUAUUACGAUUAGCUGGUUCUAAAAUAAGUAGUUUUUGCCGCUGUUCUGAUGUUUUCCUAUCAGCAAGGAGGGGUCCAACUCCCCCACAAAGUCUUAAACAAAUCAGGUGACAGAAGCUCAUCCCAUUCAAAGUUAGCAACACAGUCCCUUCAAGAACAUCAGCUGUCCCGAACAGCGUCACAUAUAUUUUGUCUUAAUUUUGUUUCCACCUUCAUUUUCCUGGUACUGUUCAACAGCAAAGACUGCCUCUUCUUAUGAUUUAAUUAAUGAAAUUACAUAAUUGGAUGUCAUCAUAUUGAUGACACCUUAACCUCAAACCCUGGAUAAUCUCAUUUAGCACCCAGUGCUGAAAGUAUCAGCAAGGCACAGAGCCCCAUAAAACACAGCAAAACAGAACUCAGAACUGUGGUUUUCUUAAGCUCAAUGAUGACACUUUAAGUAUGGUCUGAGGAAAUUACUGAAACCAUUCAAGAUAGUAUCCUGACAUUCCCACUCCAAAAAUCACUAUAGUGGAAUUGAAUGGCUGAUGAUGAAUCAAUACUAAAAUCAGAUAGGAUGGGUCUGUAGUUAGGAGGGAAAUCAGACAAGACUGCACCUCCUCCUUCUCGCACUAGUUAUCAUUCCCUCUAAAAAUAAAAAUGAAUGUGAAAAUCACAAACUUGACUAAAGCUGUGACAUUCUACAUUGUAAUCAUAUCCAUGCUGACUGUCAAAAGAAUGAAUGCAUGCCACACCUUUCUUCCUUCAUGAGCCUCCAGAUAGCAUACGUGGGGCUGUAGGGAGGUCUCCCAUCAAACAUGGGCUAGAUCCAAACAUGCCUAGCUUCCAGAAAAUUGCUGUACCAUGGGCCUUGAGGUUAAGCCCUGGGAUUCGAAUGGUAUGAAACUAUCAUUUUACAUGUGGCUGUAAAACACACACGCUAUUUUCUAGCAAUGUACUGCUUGCUGUUAUAAUUGUGCUUGCUUUAACUUUAAUGAAAUACAUUAGCAAGACAUGUGCAAUGAUCCAAAUGCAUUUCAAGAGUGUGUAUAAGGUUUUCCAUUCAUAACUCAUUUCAGUUUCAGCAUGGAUUGCAAGUUGGAAAAUCAUGUAUGCAGUUAUGUGUUUGUAAAUUGUACAUAUGUAGACUUUGUGCACAAAAGCAUAAUCUACUUAUGGAGAUUAGGGUGUGCUACCCAUUGGUGCUGUCCUGAUUUCCAUCUCCCUCAGAGAUAUGUAUAACAAGCCACAUUCUAAACAAAGUAUACGCUAAUAUGUCACAAGAUGGAAACUGAAAAACUCAUUAACCUGAAUGGUAGUUACUGUUUAUUCUUCCCUUAUUUGUUUGUUGCAACACUGUCCACUCUCUUCACAUUUUGAAUAUCUGAUGGGAACUUAUUUCAUUUUCCUUAUUUACAUUAUUUACAUUCCUUAUUUACAUUCCCAGGGAUUCAAGGUGGAUUACAGAACUAUAGACAAUAUGACAAAUGUGGGUCCUCAGCUAAGCAUAAAUAGCACAAGGGAUGGAUGAGAUUGCAAAAAUUUGCAAGGUCUGGCUACUUUUAUUUUGGAGAAGAUGUGGUUCAGAUGUGGGGCAGGGAGAGGAGCUACAUACUGGAGAAUGGAGAGCAGGGUGUGUGAGCAAUGCAUGACAGUCCUUCGAGAGGGGGUGAAGUAAAAGUACAACAUAAGGCUUACAUAAUGCAUAUAGUUUAAAGUGACCUCAUAUCAUAAAAAUAAUGUUGUUUUAUUUUUCACGGAAAGGUCCCUGAAAAUAUAAAUAUGAAAGGUUUAUUUUUGCAUACAUAUCAAGGCACAAAGAAAAACUGAUAGCCUUACUGAACCAUAAAGCUUUUCUUCUUUAGAAGCCCUUCCAGUUUUGAGACACUAAUUUCAGCUCUGGAAGGAGAGCACUUUGUCUUGUUUUUGCCAUCAAGUUGCAGAUGACUUAUGAUUGCCACUGUAGGGUUUUCAAGGCCAGAACUAUUCAGAGGUGGUUUGCCAUUGCCUGCCUCUGUGUAGGGACCCUGGACUUCCUUGGUGGUCUCCCAUCCAAUUACUAAACAGGGAUGACGUUGCUUAGCUUUCACAAUCUGAUGAGAUUGGGCUAGCCUGGGCUAUCCAAGACAGGGCUUCAGAGCAUAGCUUGAGCUCAAGUGUCACCUGCUGUCUGUGAUGUGAAUUAUCAGCCAUUCUUUUUUUUUUUAUAAUAUCUUUAUUGAGUAUAAUUUAAAAGAAUCAGUUAUACAUUUGUAUUUAUCAGUUGAUUGUGAACAAUCAUACAUUGUCAAUCAUUAAGUUCAUGUAUAACUUAAAAGGAGCAAUUAAACAAUCACUUUAAUUCAGCUUAUUAAGUACAGGAUAUAACCAGUUGCUCCAUCCCUCCCCUUAUCCCUCCCCUUCUUCCCCUUCCCUCCCCCUGUCUUUACCCGCUUGACUUCCCCUCAGUUUCUUAACUAUAUAUCAGUAUCUUAACGACUCUAAUUCCUAUUUACAUAUGUUAACUUAAACAAGCUUCAGAAGGAAAAGAAAACUUAACCAUUAUUUUCUUCACUGUAACCUAAAUUCCUUCAACCUCAGAGAAAAGAAAAGUAUAAAUAUAUUCAAUAUUCUAUUGGA